CUGUGAUUUGUCGCAGUUAAGGAACUUAGGUCGCGUGCGUAUCCCUCCGCCAUUGCUACUUCCGCGAUUUCUGUGACUUCUGCGACUUACUACCGUAUGAAAAAGUUAAAUCUGCCCACACAGAAAAUUGCGUCUCAACAAACCUGUCAUUGGUACCCGAACUACAUUUCAGCCACUCAGUAAAUUGAUAACUCAACAGAUCUGGAGAAAUUACCACUGCGUCUUUAGACCGUUUUAGUCAGCGGAGAGUUGCGUGUAAGUGGUAUUUCAUGAGUGACAGUCAUUGUAACUUUUACUUCAUCACUGCACCUGUUUUUCUAUGUAUUGACUCAGCACCUUCUUGUCACUGCUGUAAUCAGUACGGGAUGGCUAAAGAAGGUAGAAGCAUUAUUGGCAUGAUAUUCAAGAAUUUCAUCCAGUCCUUAAAGCCACGACAGAUAAGAGGAACUCCAGUAGGAACAGAUUACUUAGGAAAUAAAUAUUUCGAGAUACCGGCCAAUCCAAGCGUUGGCAAGAGAAAAGCUUCACGCUGGUUUGAACCAGCUGUGAAAGAUAACUUUGAGCAGGAAAUUCCAGCAGAAUGGGAAGCAUGGCUCCGAGGACGAAGAACAGCACCACCAGUGGAAGAGGAAAUUAUGCGCAGUGUUGCUAUUAUGGAAAUGAAAAAGAAAAAUGCUGCAGAACUUGCAAGAAAAGAAGGAAAGAAAGAUCCUGGUGUUUUAGAUAAAGAGGUUAAAGGAAUGGAAUCAUUUCCAAAGUAUGAUGAAUAUGAAGUAAUGCCAGGUAAAAGUAAGGAAGCAGAUAAAUAACACACAUUGAGACAAUUUGUUGUUUAUAUAGACUGUACCAGUCAAAAAAGUUGAUUGUGUUGAACUAUAGCGUGUUUUUUUUAAAUAUGUUAUUCAUAAAAUGCAGGGACUAGUUACCGUAUAAUGAUUCUCACUGAUUUCUCAUAAGAACUUUGUUUAUGCAUGUAAAACAAUAAAGUGCAGUGAAUUAUU